AUGGGCAAGGUCAAAUACAUCCUCCUUGACUGCGACAACACCCUCUGCUUGUCGGAGCGUCUGGCCUUCGAGGCCUGCACGGAUCUCACCAAUGAACUCCUCGAAAUGUACAACGUCAAGGAACGCUACACCGUCGAUAUGCUCCUCGAAACUUUUGUUGGGCAGAACUUCCGUGGCAUGAUGGUCGGCCUUCAGAAGAAGCAUGGCUUUGAGAUGCCCCCGGAGCAGCUCGAGGAGUACGUCAACAAGGAGCUCGGCGCCGUCACCGCCAAACUCUCGGCGAAGUGUCAGCCGUGCCCCGGCGCCCCUGAGGAGUUGGAACGCUUGCACAAGGCCGGAUACCCCAUGUCUGUGGUCAGCACCUCUGCCAAACCCCGUGUCGUCGCCUCCCUCGAGAAGGUCGGGAUCGACCACUACUUCCCCAACGCCCACGUCUACAGCGCCGCCACCUCGCUCAACCCACCGUCCAGCAAGCCUGAUCCCAAGAUCUACCUCUACGCCUGCGAGCAGCUCGGUGUCAAGCCGGAGGAGUGUAUCACCGUCGAAGACAGCAAGAGUGGUGCCACUGCCGCCAUGCGCGCCGGUAUUCCCUGCGUUGGCUACGUCGGUGUUUACAAGUUGGAGGAUGGCGAGGAGAAGAUGAAGCAGAUGGCCCAGAUUCUCAAGGAACAGUGCAACUGCGUCGAGAUCAUGUACGACUGGAAGGAAUUCCCCAAGAUCUUGGAGAAGAUCGAGAGCGGGAACUAG